AUGAGUCCUUAUGCUGUUAUCAAACAAGCAAACUGGGACACAUCUAAAGGAAGGGAUAAACUUAGACGUGAUAUAGAAGCCCAUGUUGCUUCAGUUCAUGCUGACAAGAUAAAGCACCAUUGUGAGGCAAACUUGAGGGAGCUGUUAUCAGGACCGGUGGAAGUCCUUUUGAAGCAAGCUAAUAAUAUGACCUGGCCCACAAUAAGAAGCCGUCUUCGAGAGGCUGAAUCAGAUUUCUCUGGGAGAGCUGUUGCAAUUUCUGGUUUUGACAUGGAUGAACAAACCAAAGCCAAAAUAAAUGCAAGUCUAGAGAAAUAUGUAAGACGUAUGGUUGAAGAUAAAGCAAAGGAAGAGGCUGGAAGGGUCCUCAUCCACAUGAAGGAGAGGUAG